AUGCAUGGUUCAGAUGGCGGUAUGGUUACGUACCUGGACGAGGCCAUCUCCAAGGCUGUGCAGUGUGAGAUUUCCUCCAAAGCCUCAGGGUUCUCUUCGUUCUGUCCUCGGGAGAGACAGAGACAAGAGACAGACGGUCAGGUACUGGUACCGCACACCAACGGAACCAGUCCAACUCAGGGAUAG